AUGAAAAUCCUCAUUUCGGCUGCUUUGGUAGCCUCAGCUUUCGGCGCUGCAGCACAAGACAUAACCGUAACUAAGUAUACCAGCUCCUGUCCCGAAGGAACCAGCCCGACAGCACCACCUGGAGCCGGACCAGGAUCAAAUGCUUCUGCACCUGCUCCUACGUCAGCCCUCAGACCUGGAGAAACUUAUACGACGUACAUUACCGAGUACGACAUUUUCUGCGGCUGUUCAGAGACCUAUUCGAAAAAAACCUAUACUGUAACAGAGCCAUGUCCUCAGGAAAGCGCCGGCCAGCCACGUGAAGCUGACCAUAUACCCGCGGGAUUUGCGGCCACAACAACUACAUGCCAUACGUGUGCAGAAACCCCUGUGGUAGCGACCUGGACGUGUCCUACGGCAACCCCAACACCUGAGAGCAAAGCUCCGCCAGCACCCCCUGGUGCUCCAGGCUCGCCAGCGGCGAAAGCGCCAGCGGGAAGCCCAGCCGGUGCGGCAGGCUCUCCGCCUGGUUCCGGCUCAUCUCCCGCUGGAGGUUCAUCUGGCUCAAAUCCAGCACCCGCUGCCGGGCCGGCUGAAGGAGCACCAGAAGCAGCUUCAGGUUCAGGAUCUUCGCCAGCAGAAGGAGCGCCCAAGGCUGCUCCCGUCGCUGGAGCAGCUCCCGGAAGUGGUGCGCCUGAGGCUGGUCCGGGAUCUGGUGCUGGUUCAUCUCCGGGGGCGGCUGCUGCUGCCUCUCCACCUUAUCCUAUCCCUGGAUCAGACAAUCGCGUGGGAUCUGCACCCUCAGCAUCCGCAACAUCAUCUACCGGCAGUGGUAGCUCGCCCGUCACGCCUUUCACUGGAGCUGCCUCCCAUGUUGUUGCCAACUACCUGUCAAACAUUAUGGCUUUCUUCGAAUGGAUUACCUACACUCAAAAGAUCAUCUUUGGAGGUCAGUAA